AUGGAUCGCCAGGCGGUCACGGGAGUCGCCCUCGACAGCCGAUCACGCUGGCGGUGCCAUUAUUUUCUAAUGGCACCCCAGUCUCGCCCGACGGACUACGCGGUUUCCUGCCGCAAUUCCGCCUGUGCAAUUCGUCCUUCUUAUGUACAUGCUGUAACAUUUUGUACUGUUCUCACACAUUUUCCUUUUCUCCAGGUCACAGGCUACCUUGACGAUUGCACGUGCGAUGUGGAGACUAUAGACCAUUUCAACAAUAACAAGCUGUUCCCAAAAUUGCAAAAAUUGCUUGAGACGGACUAUUUCCGAUAUUACAAGGCGAAUUUGAAGAAGCCAUGUCCCUUCUGGAACGAUAGCAGUCAUUGUGGGAUAAGAGACUGUGCAGUGCAGCCCUGCCCCACUGAUUCAGUUCCACUUGGAAUAAAGUCGCCCGGUUAUAAGUACACCGAGGCCGCAAAUAAAGCGAACGGCGAGCUGGAAUGUGAAAAAGAAAAGAGACUGGGUGCUGUGGAUGAGUCCUUGAGUGAAGCCGCGCAGGAAGCCUUUUCACAGUGGAGUCAUCAUGACGAUAACUCCGAUGAUAACUUCUGCGAACACGACGAUGAGGAAUCCCCAGACGCAGAAUAUGUCGACUUGCUUAUUAACCCAGAAAGAUUCACGGGGUACAAAGGACCUGAUGCUUGGAAGAUCUGGAACAGCAUUUACGAGGAAAACUGUUUCAAACCAAAAGCAGUGAAACGGCCACUGAACCCUCUGGCUUCUGGGCGAGGUGAAAAUGAAGAGGUCCUGUUCUAUAGCUGGCUGGAAGGUCUGUGUGUUGAGAAAAGAGCAUUCUACAGGCUGAUAUCUGGAUUGCAUGCAAGCAUCAAUAUUCACCUCAGUGCAAGAUACCUACUGCAAGACACCUGGAUGAGUAAGAUCUGGGCACAUAACGUGACAGAGUUUCAGGCACGCUUUGACGGCACGCAAACCCAGAACGAAGGGCCGCGGCGACUGAAGAACCUGUACUUCUUAUAUCUGAUCGAGCUGAGAGCCAUCUCCAAGGUUCUGCCAUUCUUUGAGCGACAAUCUUUUCUGCUGUACACUGGAAAUGAAACAAAAGACCUGGAGACAAAAAAGCUGCUGCUCGACAUUCUGCGAGAUACCAAAGAUUUUCCCCUGCACUUCGAUGAAAAUUCACUUUUUGCCGGUGAUAAGAAGCUAGCUGACCGUUUAAAGGAUGAAUUCCGACAUCACUUUAGGAAUAUCUCCAGGAUUAUGGACUGCGUUGGCUGCUUUAAAUGUCGCCUUUGGGGAAAACUGCAGACUCAGGGAUUGGGAACGGCACUGAAAAUUCUGUUCUCCGAAAAACAAAUUCAGAACAUGCCAGAAAGCGGGCCAUCCUACGGCUUCCAUUUGAAGCGACAGGAAAUCGUGGCCCUUCUCAACGCUUUUGGAAGGAUUUCUACGAGUGUCAAGGAGCUAGAAAACUUUAAAAGACUCUUGGACAACGUGUGACGGCGGCGAGACGAGGAUUCAGAAGCAGGGAACUUUGCACUAUGGCGGCCCGUAUUUGUUUGACGAGAACAUCCUUUUGGUCAAAAUCUGAGAAUCUUCAUUCUCGCUGUGAAAACUGGUCCUCGGAGGACUCUCCUGUGUAUAUUGUAAAAUAAAUACGCUUCAGAUUUUCUAUUUACCGUGACUUGUACCUGCACUUCUGUCGGACACCCUGAUGAAGCGCUGAUCACCUUUUAUUAAGGGGAUAGUUUUUUCCUAUCCCAAAACAAUGAGCGUCUGUUUCAUCCGCCUUGACUACUACUAUCCUGUGUCCGCUGUGUAUCUGCCUCAUCCCGUCAUACUCGCUGACCGCUAUAACUUAACUGCGCAUUUCUCUGUUCAUAAUCGGUAGCAAGUGUGUUGGUGCAGCAGAGCAGGGCACGGAAGGGUAGAUUUCAUUAUUUAAA